UAAACCCUCCUCUGUAAAACUACAUGUGCCUGGCUCCCAAUGAUCUCCUAAUCUCUGGGAAUCGCUCACCGUCCAGGACUGAGGACGUAUCUGCACCAGAAGCUGACUGCGAUCAAGAUGGAGAGCGAAAAGAAGAGGAGGAAAUACUCCACGAGCAGCAACGACUCCGACACCACCGACAGUCAGGUGACGUCGUGGUCCAGGUCAUCCAAGAAUACGGGCACCAGCAGCACAUGGGUCCGCCACCAGCACAAAAAACCAUCAGAGGUAUUUCGUACCGACUUCAUCACGGCUAUGAAGCUGCCGGACUCGGCCCAGCUCGGCCCGGACGACUUCUACGUGCUCUCGGAUCCAUGGAGACAAGAGUGGGAGAAGGGGGUUCAGGUCCCUGCCAACGUGGAGGCCAUACCAGAGCCUGUGGUCAGGUUGCCGCCGGAGUCGACAGGUGGUCUGCCCAGCAACCGGCAGGAGAGGGAAAGCCACUCCCAGCCUCCUCCCACCCAGCGCUACAGCUGCUAUGACCUUGAUGAUCUGGAUGUUGCCUGGCUGGAACUGGUCAACCACGAGUUUAGACAGAUGGCAUUACCAGAGCUGGACGAGCUGACAAUGGAGUGUGUUCUGGUCGAGCUGGAGAGCGUGUGUGAGGAGAAGAUGCAGCAGGCCAUUGAGACAGAGGAAGGCCUGGGCAUCGAGUACGACGAGGACGUGGUCUGUGACGUCUGCCGCUCACCAGAGGGAGAGGACGGCAACGAGAUGGUCUUCUGUGACAAGUGCAAUGUCUGUGUUCAUCAGGCGUGUUAUGGCAUCCUGAAGGUACCCCAGGGGAACUGGCUGUGUCGGACCUGCGCUCUGGGCGUCCAGCCCAAAUGUCUGCUUUGCCCUAAGAGAGGGGGGGCCCUCAAGCCCACCCGCAGUGGAACCAAGUGGGUCCACGUCAGCUGUGCCUUAUGGAUCCCUGAGGUGAGUAUAGGCUGUCCAGAGAAGAUGGAGCCCAUUACCAAGGUGUCCCACAUCCCCGCCAGCCGCUGGGCUCUGUCUUGCAGCCUGUGUCGAGAACACACAGGAACCUGCAUACAGUGCUCCAUGCCCUCCUGUAUCGUGGCCUUCCAUGUGACUUGCGCUUUCGACCACGGCCUGGAGAUGAGGACCAUCCUGGCAGAGAACGACGAGGUGCGCUUCAAGUCCUUCUGCCUGGAGCACAGCUGCACCGCCAGCAACAGUAGUACAACCAUCAACAGCACCUCCGGUUUGACUAGUGUGAGCAACUGCAGUCACACCAACACUUCCACCACCAGCGGAGUACACGCCGCCGCCGCCAGACCUGACUGUGCCACUGCGGGUGUCAGUUCUGAGCUCCGGCCGGACCAGCAGCACCAGCCAAACAGCAGCAGUGACCCGGAGCAGAGGUCGGUAUUGUACCCAGUUCCCGUGUCUGCAUCAGAGCGAGCUGAGCGGGAACAACUGGAGAGAGAGAAGGUGAGCCAGAGGAAACAGAAACUCCAGGAGCUUGAGGAUGAGUUUUACCGACUGGUGGAUCCCAGCGAGGUGGCCGAAAACCUGGCACUGCCCAUCUCCCAGGUGGACUUCUUAUAUCAGUUCUGGAAGUUGAAGAGGAAGGGCAACUUUAAUCGACCUCUGGUGACCUUAAAGAGGGACGAGGUGGACAACCUGGCCCAGCAGGAGCAGGAUGUCCUCUACAGACGCCUCAAACUCUUCACACAUCUCCGACAAGACCUGGAGAGGGUGAGUUGGAGAUGUGUGUGUGUGUGUACAGUUAUAUGCAGUCUCAGUGCUUGA